UUGAGUUGCAGCCGUUGGAUUAUUUUGUGCUUAUAUGCGGCGGUGUCACGUUAAAAGGCUACAGACCGCUGUGUUUCUAGUUUGCUUUUGAAGCUCUACUCCAGUUUGCUGCCUUGGCUUCCCGAGAACAAACAUCGCCUUUGGCUCUGCUCCAAUCAAUGGAUUCAGGAGCACAGGAAGUGAUUGCAUAUGAAGGAGAGGCCAUUUUAGAACCAUACGAGGGUAUGGAAUUUGAAUCUGAAGAUGCUGCAAAGAUAUUUUAUGAUGACUAUGCCAGACGCCUUGGAUUUGUCAUGCGUGUCAUGUCAUGUCGUCGAUCCGAAAGAGAUGGUAGGAUUCUUGCUCGUCGACUUGGCUGUAAUAAGGAAGGUCACUGUGUUAGUAUUCGAGGUAAAUUUGGACCCGUCAGAAAACCGCGAGCCAGUACAAGGGAGGGUUGUAAGGCAAUGAUUCAUGUCAAGUAUGAUAAAUCUGGUAAAUGGGUGAUUACAAAAUUUGUUAAGGAACAUAACCAUUCACUUGUGGUGUCUCCUCGUGAAGCACGUCAAGCAAUGGAUGAGAAGGAUAAGAAAAUUCAAGAAUUAUCUGCAGAGCUUCGGAAUAAGAAACGCUUGUGUACAACAUAUCAAGAACAGCUAACAGCAUUUAUGAAAAUUGUUGAAGAGUAUAAUGACCAGCUAUCCUUGAAAGUGAAAAACGUAGUUAACAAUCUUAAAGAAUUCGAGUCCAUAGAUGUGGAGCUUACGCAGCGAGGAUAGCCUCCUCUAACAGA